AUGACUGUCAGAACGUCAAUUGCAUUCACUCCAUAUUUGCUAGUAUAUGGAACAGAAGAAGUCAUUCCUGCUGAAGUCGAAAUAUCAUCUUUGAGAAUUAUCCAAGAAGCUCAGUUAAGUAAUGUUAAGUGGGUCAGCAAGCGGAUUGAUCGAAUAACAUUGAUUAAUAAAAAGAUAAUGGUUGCCGUUUGUCAUGGUCAACUAUAUCUACAGAGAAUGAUUCGUGCUUUCCACAAGACAGACAGAGCCAGAAUUUUGGAAAUCGGUCAGUUGGUACUUAAGCGCAUUUUUCCUCAUCAUGAAGAGUACAAAGGAAAAUUUUCACCAAAUAAGCAAGGACCUUACAUGGUUCGCAAAGUAUUAUCUAGAGGUGCUUUGGUCCUUUCGGAAAUAAAUGGCACCACAUGGCCGAAAUCGAUCAACUGA